GUUUGGUCCACUUCUCUGCACACUUGUGAUUUAUUUGGUCAGUGCCAUAUACCUGAUACCAUCUAGUAAAGAGCUGUUGGAUAUCGCUGUGUAGGCAGCACCUCCCCGACAGAGCUACCUGGUGAGAAGCAAGUGAUUCUGCACCCUGAGAGCGAAGAAGCUUCUUCACAUUAGCUGAGAAGAAAGGAGAAGAAAAGGAACUGGGGAAAAAGCAUGAGUUCUUCAAGUACAGAGUCCUUUGAAGUUGAAAGCUCAACCUUAUAUGACUAUUAUGAAAACUAUAACGAUGCUCCAAAACCAUGCAGUAAGGAAAGCGUCAAGAGGUUUGCCGCCUCCUUCCUACCUGUUCUGUACACCCUGGUGUUCCUGAUCGGGCUGAUGGGAAACAUUCUGGUCAUUGUAGUCCUCUUCAAAUACAAGAGGCUGAAGAGCAUGACUGACGUCUACCUGCUAAACCUCGCCAUCUCAGAUUUGCUCUUUGUUUUAUCCUUGCCGUUCUGGUCUUAUUUCACAGUAGACCAAUGGGUUUUUGGAACUUCCUGGUGUAAAAUCAUUUCAUGGAUCUACCUGGUUGGGUUUUACAGUGGAAUAUUUUUUAUUAUGCUUAUGAGCAUAGACAGAUACCUGGCAAUUGUUCGUGCAGUGUUUUCCCUGAAAGCAAGGACUGCCUUUCAUGGCCUGACUACUAGCCUUGUUGUAUGGCUAAUAGCUCUUUCAGCCUCAGUUCCAGAACUUGUAUUUAGAGAAUCUUACAACGAACGUAAUUUUACUACCUGCAAGCUGAGAUAUCCAAGCAACUUCACAACAUGGAAACUUUUUUCCACUUUGGAAAUCAACAUUUUAGGGCUCCUACUCCCUCUAAUAGUUAUGACAUUUUGCUACUCCAUGAUCAUUAAAACAUUAGUUCACUGUAGAAACGAGAAAAAGAAUAAGGCUGUGAAGAUGAUCUUUGUUGUCAUGAUCGUGUUUUUCUUCUUUUGGACCCCCUACAACAUUGUUAUUUUCUUACAGCUGUUGGAAACUACAGGAAUCAUUAGGGACUGUCAAGUGAGCCGGAAUCUGGACUAUGCUUUCCAGGUGACGGAAAUUCUUGGCCUUUUCCACUGUUGCCUCAAUCCGGUCAUCUACUUCUUCAUGGGGGAAAAAUUUAAGAAGUACCUGAAGAUGCUCUUUAAGAACUGGUGGUUACCUGGAGAUAUUUGCAAGUGGUGCGGGGUUCACAUCACUUACCACACAGAAUCUACCAGUUCUUUCCACACACAAUCCACGGGGGAUCAAGAUGCUCUGUGAUGUGUUUCAGACCAACCACUGAACUCACCGGCCAGCAAACUGACAAAAGCGGGAACUUUGAAAAGCUAAGCAAAUGCACAUAUGUUUAACCACGAGCCAGUGCCAAAUAAUUACUUCAGCUUUGAUUUCUGCCUCCAGAGUUUCAGAGUAUUGCAACAGAAGGUGUCGUGGAUGUGAAAGGUGGGAGAUGCACAUGCAGGUUUUAUCGGCUGCGAUUACGAGUCGCUGUCAGAUGUAAGAGCAGCCUCAGCUCUCCGCAAAGCCCUGUGCCGUCCUGCUUCUUUUUCACCAGCAUCAAGACAGAGAUUGGCCUGAAUGGAGGGUCAGAAGAGAGGCAGCUGCCUGUCAUCAGCACGUGCAUUUGGAAAACACCUUCAUUUAUCCAAGAAGGAUGGCUAUUAUAAUAUUUUUUUAUUAUACAGUUGAUCUGUGUAGGAGUUUGCUCUGACUCUUAGCAAGCUUUUAACAGUGCCUGCUACUGUUCAAUGUUUCAUCUUAGGGAGAGGAUACUCUCUCUGUCAUUAAGAAAAAGGACAAACAAAUAUAUUCUUUAUGUGCACAAAGACGCAAAGCAACUGCAUUACCUUGUCUUAUAGACAUGUUUUCUCUUAGGUAUCCAAGCUGUCAUAUCUGCCCAUGUGUAGGUGUAUAUUUAGGGAUUUUUGAAUUACUUUAUCACUGUAAUUCGGGGUAGAAAUUAUGUAUUUUAAUCAACAUAGAAAAUGUUUAAAAUAUUUUUGAAUAAAAAUGUUUUUAAAAACUUC